UAGGUACUAUACACAUUGCACAAUGCACGGAUUGAAUUAUGACCCGUCACAGACUCGUAGUAUUGUGACUUGUGCCCUCGUCAUUUUAAGGGCGACACCUGGUGAGUAAUACGACAGCCAACCUAAGUCCGUGAGCCAAGAGCCAGAGUGGCACAGGAGUAUUACUUAUUAGACAUUAUAGUAUUUAGUACUGCAGUCUGCAGUAUAGUUAUAUAGGUACAACGUACAACACGGGCAAGACGCCACUUUCUUCGUGUUUUGACAACGCAGAGAACAAACGCAACCUAACCACGCGACGGCACGACAGAAGCUGCAUUUCUUUUUUAAAAUACUCGUAUUAUCUGUAAAAUUAAACGAUGAAUCAAAAAACGUUGAUGUGCGUCGAAAAUCAACUUUCUCUUUGAUGCGGAUCAACAAUCACCAGUGACAGGAUUUUCAGUUGUUUAAUUGACAAUGGCCGCCGAUAGAAUAGAAUAGAAAUAGAAAACAUUGACAGUUUUUAAAUUGAUGAUGACAUAGUAUACAUUAUUAUAGAUCCAAGCCAUACCAAAGCAAACCAUCAUGUCUUUCCUCCGUGGCUCUGCCAACUUUGUUUGGUGUACGACCAGUGUACUGGGCAAAGGUGCAACUGGUGCUGUGUUUCAAGGGGUGAACAAAAAUAAUGGUGAGCCAGUCGCGGUUAAGACUUUUAAUCAAGUCAGUCACAUGCGGCCACACGAUGUACAGAUGCGGGAAUUUGAAGUUCUGCGCAAAGUCAAACACGAAAACAUAGUUAAAUUAUUAGCAAUUGAAGAAGAGCAGGAUGGUCGUGGUAAGGUUAUAGUCAUGGAAUUGUGUACAGGUGGAAGUUUAUUCAAUAUCCUAGAUGAUCCAGAAAAUACUUACGGAUUAGCAGAAGAGGAGUUUCUUCUGGUUUUAGAGCAUUUGUCAGCAGGCAUGAAACAUUUAAGAGAUAAUAACUUGGUUCAUCGAGAUCUCAAGCCUGGAAACAUAAUGAAAUUUAUAUCUGAUGAUGGCAGCACUAUUUAUAAACUUACUGACUUUGGAGCAGCUCGAGAGCUACAAGAGGAUCAGCAAUUUGUCUCUUUGUAUGGCACAGAGGAGUACCUUCAUCCUGAUAUGUAUGAAAGAGCAGUGCUUAGAAAACCUGUAGGAAAAAGCUUUGGAGCCACUGUUGAUCUUUGGUCUAUAGGUGUAACAUUAUAUCAUGUAGCAACAGGUCAAUUGCCUUUUAGGCCUUAUGGAGGUCGAAGAAAUAGGGAAACUAUGUUUUAUAUAACGACAAAAAAAGCAUCAGGUGUUAUAGCUGGUGCACAGACAUCUGAAGGUGGUCCUAUUGAUUGGAGCAGAGAAUUACCAGCAAGUUGUCCAUUGAGUGCUGGUUUAAAGAGAUAUGUCACUCCGUUGCUAGCAGGAUUACUGGAAGUUGAUCAACAAAAAAUCUGGAGCUUUGACCGCUUUUUCUCUAGAGUAACAGACACCCUCUGCAGAAGGCCUGCAGUCAAUAUUUUUGAUGUGCAUGGCGUAAAUUUAAUUAAAAUUUACCUGCAUCCUGAUGAAGAAAAAUUUGCUGCAUUUCAGGCUCAUGUUCAAGACCAAACCAACAUUCCGUCAAGGUCACAAAUACUUUUGAAAGGUCAAGUUCCAAUUCUACAACUUAUAGAAGAAUCAACUCCUGGUCGGGGCUAUCCAUUGACUUCCAUAGAUGAACCCCUAUUUCUAUAUUCUAGAGAGAACAAUAAUGUAGUGAUACCAUCUGAAACUGAGCUUCCUAAAUUUCCUGUAUUCGCCAGCUUAGUAUCAGUAGAGACAGAUGCUAGUCAAGCAAAGUCUGCUUGUUCCGUGGGACAUGAGUGCAAAAGAAGGAUAGAUAAGAUAGCAAGGUGUAGCAAACUUUCACAGGAUGCAGUGAAUGCAUUUGUUGGCUAUUUGACCACAGAACUGAACAAAGCUUUGGACAAGUCUCAAAGAGCUAAGGAUUUCACAAAAGCAAUAGAAGAUCUAGCAAUUUCUGUGGAAAGAGGAGAAAGCAUAGCUAGACAAGUAUUUCUUAAUAUCCGUGCAAAUCAAGGGUCGGCAGCUACCUCGUCCAUGGGAUCAACAGGCACGAAUUUGUCGUCAUCCGCGCCAAGUUCGACACUACCGUCUUUUGAGAUGAAAUCUUGGAAAAAGGAAUUAGAUAAUAAAAGCAAGGAAUUGUUUGGAGAUCUUGCGCCAGCAAUAACUCAGCUUUACCAAAGGUAUGUUAGAGAGAAUAGUUUAAAGAGUGAAUGGGAUAGCAACACGCGCGAAUUGUGGUGUCCAUGGGCCGGUAAAGCGAGUCAAAGAGCAUCUAAGUUAGUCGAUCGUCUGAGAGAUGGCUGGCAACAUCUACUACGCGAUCGAGCAACUCGCAGUCUUACCUACAACGAUGAACAAUUCCACGUUUUGGAACGAAUCAAAGUGACCGAAACCGGCCAUCGGAUGAAGGAACUCCUGGAGAAACAAGCAAUUCCAGCAAUAACUCAACGCUCGGACUGUCUGGCCGACUGGUACAAGAUGGCCCAGACGGUCUUCUUGCAAUCGCAAAUUCUCGACAAGGACAUGGAUAACUAUGACCGUGUCCUCGAAACGUUCUCUCUCCGGCUCUCUCAAGAGAGCAAAGAACGUUACGAUAUGGUCUGCAGAAUGUUGGAUAGCUGGCUACCAACAGUAGGCAAACAGCUUGGCAAAGGCUCGAACAAAUCCCAAAGCGAACUGGACGAGCGUAAGAAGCGUCGUGCCAUCAUGGAAGAGGGCAAAUGGAAGGACAUUUGCUCCGUUCAGGAGCAAAUCUUACUCGUACUUUAUAAAAAUGAAAAACUGGUGGAAGAGUUAAGUAGGUGCGUGCUAGAUGAAAAAGAAGAUUCGAAAUCAUCUUCGACGGAAAAUUUGCAGAUGUUGGCUACUAGCAACUAGCUGUUGGUUGCCACCGUUGUAUAUAGUGUUAUGAGUUGAUGAUGAUUGCAUUGAAAGUACGACGGAGCCUAGUCGUACCGAUUGCAUUGUUUUAAGGAAUGUAUGAAAAAUCUGUAUCAUAAUUUUUAUAAAUGGUGACUCGACUAGGGUUAAUACUUAUAUUAAUUCAGUUAGGCCAUGAUUAAACAUUUCGACAUUAAAUUUGAAAAUAAUCUUUUUUUUCAAAUACUGGACGUAUAUAUAUUAAAUAAUUUACUUAUAAGAUCAUUGAAAAGAGUGUUGCGUGUUUUUUAGGACACCAGAUGAGUAUAUUAGUAUUCAAAUAGUUAAAUAGCCAGGCGCUGUACAAAGACAAAGUUAAUUUACUUUGUUAAAAAAUGCAAAACUAUUUAGAGCUCGUAGUUAUUUUUCUAUGAGAAAUAGUAAACAAAAAUAUAUAAAGUAGUUUAGCAAUCGUUACCUCUGAUUACUAUUGAAAAUUCUACAUUCUAUUUGCUUUUCUCUAUUUGUAGAAUGAAAAUACUUUGAUAUGAUAGUAAUCAAACGGUGAAUGUACUUUUCAAUACAUUAAAACGUGACCUAUGUAAAAUAAAAGUAAAAUUAAGGAUCCAAGAGCCCGCUUGCUCAUUGGUAAAGACUGAAAUAGAAAACAUAUAUGUAACAAUAGAACAAAAGAUUUAUUUUAAUUUUACUUCAUGGAAUGGCGAAAAAGCCUGUGUAAAAAUCAGGAUCCCGCGACGAUAUAUAAUGUACACAUAAAAAAUAAUAAAAAUGUUAAUUUAGUUAUCAAA